UUCGGAAAGCACGAGUGCGCCUGCGCGGAUCACUUGACAACAGCGUAAACGAUUUCAACAAAGGGGUGGAUUACUUUUCAGAUUUGCAAAACUUUGCGGAAACGGGGAUUCUGAGACAAAACCUUCGUAAUUAGCGUCGAUAACGGAAGUUAAAACCUCAAGACUAAGUCCAGGUGCAAGAUUAGGAGUCAGAACCCUCGCUGUGGACUUCAGAACGCGAGACAAGUGGCAAACUUCCAGUGAAAGGACUUUUCUAGAAACAGGACAUUCAACAGAUAUUCUGAUGGAAUUGAGGAGACGUUAAUUCUCGCCGGUGUUGGUACAUUUUGUCCAUCAUGGCUGCUGCAGUGUCGACUGCCUCACGGCCGGAUCUGGUGGCUCACCCCGUCCCCAGCCCACCUGCAACACCCAAGGCCUCACCUGCAGGCUCCGCCAGGAAGGCUGGGAAAGGGACCUCCAAGGAAAUCGUUGAACAGGGUGGUUCCCCCCUGCCCGACCUCCGCACCAGUGACAUGGCAGUGGACCGUACCAAACCCCUCCCCACCUCCCUGCAGAGCGACUUCAUCCCAGAGGACCUCCUCUUCGCCCUGACCCAACCCCCUCCUCUCAAGGCCAAGGACAACCUCCUGCCCCCCUCCAGGACCAAGACACAGGCUGUGGUGCCUGCUGGCAGGGAGGCAUGGAAAGAGCCCACUCUUCCCCGCCGCCCUGACAAUGUGUGGAACUUCUCCAGAAGAAGUCGGUACAAACAUCUGACAGACAACACCGUCUGUACAUGUGGGGCUGGCAAGGAUAUCUCAUUCCUGUAUGAUGCAGUGACUGCCACAUCAGAGGACAAAGAGCCGACUCCACCAUAUAAGGACAAAUAUGACAGGAGCAGCAUUAGGGCGGAUGCUGUUAAAGAGGUGGACAAGAAUAUUGCAUUACCAGACUCUCUCAUCCCUGAUGAGUACCAUAUCGUCAAGUCAAAAGGUGUUAUGGGCCUAGAGUAUCACGAUGAUAAGUUCACCACAGAAAAAGAAGACCAUGAAAAGCAUCUAACAAUGUUCCCAUCACUGAGACCAAGUGGCCGUUACGAGGUCGUUCACCUGCAGAAGGUGAUGGACGACAUGCUGAACAAGGUCGGGGUCGAGGACGAUGAGUUAGAGGUCAAAGGUCCAACUCAGAUGCACAACCUCCUCGAACUGAUCAGGAAAGAGCAGAAAAUCUACAACAUCAUUUUCCACGAGCUCAUCAGACAGGUGAGUGUGGAGUGUUCGGAGCGCGGGGAGCUCCUGUCCAACCUGAGACAGCGCUACGCCACGCUGCUGGACAAGGUCCCACGGCAGGUCAAGAGUCUUCACGCCGAGGUCAUGGCACAACGGGCGCUCGACCGCAGACUCACCGAGGAACUCAUGAGAUUUAAGGGCUCCAUCACAUCUCUGACAAGUGAACUGGCAGAUGUGCGUGAACACGACAGACAGGUGACCAGAGAGGCUGAACAGGCACAGGAGGAUUUGGCCGUAGCCCUGACAGAGUCGGAGAAGAACGCCAGUCUGCUGUCUGAGUACCACGACUUGUACGAGCUGCAGCGGCGCCGACUGGAGACACACGUGGUCCAGCUGUCGGAGGAACGCGAGCUGUGGAGCACAGCGGCCUACAACCUGGCUCUGAAGGUGAUAGAGCUGAACUCCCUGAGCACUGCCCGUCGACUGUACAUCAGUGAGAAGGCCUGGUGCAAACUCACCAGUCACUUCACUAUUUUACUGGGGGACAAGGACACCGAGGAGCUCGCCAAAAUCCAGCACCAUGUGGAGACGUGGCGAGACCUCAUCACCAAGUUCAACCUGCAGAUCCGUGCGGGAGACCAGAAUCUGAAGCAGAAGUUCAACAACAUGAAGGAGAGACUGAACGCCUGGUCCUCGGAAAUUGGCAAAUUUGUUGGUGAGACUGCCACCACCAGUGCCACCAGCUACGGCAAGAUGCCCGGUCCUGAGAUGGUCAAACAGCUGUAUGAUGACAUCGCCAUCUGGGAGGACGUGAUCAGUACAGAGAUGGAAACGUUUGCAGGAGACCAUCUCCUGGGUUUCCAGGACCAGCUGGCAGCCAUGAACAAACACAUGGAGGGGUGGACAGACGCCUCGCUGAAGGUGUUCAACAGACAUCACACCGAGGAUGGGUCCAACUACCCCGACCACGAGAAAAUGAUCAAACUAAAUGAGGAAGUUGAGACUCUUGUCAAGCAGUAUAACAUCAGGGUGAUGGGAGAAAAUGGUGUUGCCAAGGAGAUGAUCAUGCUGCAGAACGGCUACGAGACAUGGCACAACAAACUGGGGAAUGUUGGGAAGGGCGCGAGCCUUUCAGACAACGACUGGUACCGUCUGUAUGAGCAGUUUGACACGUGGACCACGCAGGCUGGGAACAUCGUCAGCCUGGUGGGGACGACACAGAGGGAGGAGGAUCGCGAGGCAGGGAAGCCGCACACCAGUGUUACUAUCGAGGCUGUGGUUAAGAAUGUCCACAUGUGGCUGUCUUCAACCAUGAAUGGGAUCAACAGUGAAGACUCCAAACUAGCUGAGCAGGUGGCUAAGCUGCACACCAGUAUGGUCCACUGGAUGGUCCAGCUGCUGCUGAAGCUGGCCCCUGACCACACCCCCAAGGUCACGGCCAGUCUGCAGGGCGUGUCUACUGCCAAGGAGCUACAGGAGACGGCCAGAGAGCUGUUCGACAAGCUGGCCAAGUUCUCCAAGUACAUCAUACAAUGUUGCCAGGGCAUCGUGAUGGACCUGAUGCAGGAGAAGGUGGAUGCAGGGGAGGAGGACGCUGAUCACGAGUUCAGGGAACUCAAGAGGGUCAAGUCGGAGAGUCAGGAGUGGAUCAGAACAGCCAAACUGCUGCUGAACGAGCUGCUGGGGGAGGAGAGCGAGUUCAAGUUCGAGAACCUGGAACCCCCCAAGGAGGACGGCCCGGCCCCAGGGGGGUCUGUACCCCCCUCCAGAGACGGGCGCUCCCUCCCCCCCACCAGGGAGGGGUAUGGUCUGUCCCUCCCCCCCACACGAGAGGGGGAGUCCAGGCUCACACCAGGGGAGACCCCCUCCACUGCUGUCCCAGGAUCCCCUGCAGAAGGAGAGGGGAAGGAGGAGGAGACAAAGUCUGGAGAAGGCCAGGAGCCAGGUGAAGAGAAGAAGCCGGAGGAAGACACCACACAGAUGCAGGUCAUAGGUCACGAUGACAACGUCCACCCACAAUCCCUCGAGGACAAACCCAAAGAGCCAGUGGGAGAAGGCAUUACUGUGUCCAGACCAGACACCCCACAGACUAAGAAAGCUUAUGAGGCUUUGGCAGCUGUUGAUGCAUUACAGAAACAAUUACUGGAUACCGAGGAGCGUGCUCAGACUGCUGAAGAAAAGGUGUCCAGUCUGGAGGAGGAGUUGAGGAAGGCCAAGGAGCGUAUUCGGGACCUGGAGAGGAAGACUGGCACCCCUGGUCCCACCCCAGACGGGGAGGGGGCGGAGCCAGAGACACCCCGAUCCACCGACGACCCGGAGGACAGACCAACAACGCCCGGCAGGAAGGAGAAACACAAAAAGAAACCCAAGAAGAAAUAGAGAACACUAUUACCUGUACUCUGUCAUACACCAAAAAACAGUUACUUAAGCAACUGGAUAUAAUUUUGGAAACGAUCAGACGUUUCAGGGAGCAUCCACUACCUCCUGGACUUCCGAAAAAUUGUCUUCACUUAUAUAUUUGCACGUCAAUCAAUAGUUCUUGCUUAUAAACCUGCAUUUCUGCACAAGUUCACUAGUGUCACUGACAAAAGGCAGUGGAUGCCUAAAACGUCCAACCAUUUCUAAAAUCAUAUCCAGUUGCUUGAGUAACUGUUUUUUGGCAUGUAUGUCUAACCUUCACUGACAUACUCUCUCAUGUUUCUGUCAUUGCAAGCAAUAGGACUUUGCUACUGUAGUGACUUUUUUAUCAUCCUGAGGCUUUGGAGGGUUUUUAUGUGUGCAUGUACAUUUUGAUUUUGAUGAACUUUUCAAAGUGGAUUUUUGCCACUUAGGGAAUAAUUUUUUAGUCAAAUUUAAUAUGUACAGAGAGUUCAUGCCAUAUCAAGUUGUGUGUGGAAGAUGUCAAUAUUCAGUGCAUCAAAU